GGCUGGGAUGUUCUGUGUCCCCAGUGGAAUAUGGGGAACAUUGUGCCCCACCACUGUCUCCUGCACUCUGUCACCUCGGGUGGGGCUGGCUCUGUUCCCGAUGGGAAUGUGGGGACACUGUGCCCCAGCACGGUGCCAUCUCUGCUGUGCCAUCUGUGCCAGGAUGGGACCAGGAUGCUCCGUGUUCCCAGCUGGAACAGGGGGACACAGCCUCCCGUGCUUUGUCACCUGCCGGGACGCUCCUCAUUCCCCGCGGGAACCGGGGCACCCUGCUCCCCGUGGCCGUGCCACCUGCACUCCAUCACGGCCGGGCUGGGCCGCUCCGCAUUCCGCCGGGGCUGUGUGUCCGGGCUGUGUCCGCGGUCUGUUUGCAAUCAGCCCCGGAGCCGCGUGCGGCCGGGCCCGGUGCCAGCCCCAGGCUGGAGCAGGGGGAGCGGGAGCGGCGGGAGCCAGAGCGGAGAGCGCAGCCCGGCGAGCGGCCGCGGCAGCGGGGCCGGGGAGGUGGCACCUGCCCUGGGGAGGGACAGCAGCCCCGGGGGACACGGGGACAUGGCCCGGCUACUGCUCCUGCUGCUGCUCGCCGCUCUGGGCUGCGCGGCCAGGCCGGGCCGGCGGCCGGCGCCGUGGGACGAUGGAGCUGACGGUAAUUCCCUUCCCACCCUCGGACCCCUUCCCACCGGGGCUGGGCACGGGGAACGGCCCGGCUGUGGGGCCGGGCUCCGGGGCUGGGUGCUCCUGGGGGCUGCUCGUGGUGCCAGCCCGGCCCUUCCAGCCCAGAGACCCCCGGCGAGGGGCUGCGCCAACCUGACGCUGGUGCUGGACAACUGGAAAUUCGCCAUCACCUCCCAGCUGAGGAACCUGCUGCUGUCCGACCACCAGACCGUGCUGCCCGACUACGGCCGGAUCCCGGCCCUCUCGGGGGCCCUGGAUGAGCUGUACCGGGAUUUCCGCGGCCUGAAGGAGCAGCUGGGCCGGCUCUCGGAUCGCUUCGCCCACCUCGAAGCCUCCGUGGAGCAGCUGAGCCGGGCCCGGGGCGCUGCAGGGCCCCCGCGCCGGGGAGGGGUCCCCCAAAACCCCCGGAGGGCCCCCGGGACCCCACCGUGAGAGACCCCCGC